AUCCCCUUGAUUUUUGGGUAUUCUUGAGCGUGUAUACUUAGACUUGCAGUUCCAUCCUUAUCGCAUUCUUAUUCAAGUAUGAUGACCGCCUCACCGCCCCGCACGAGCUGCAAUGGCUGGCUGGCUUGCUCCCCUUGCAAUGGCAAUUGGCUGCUCCGAUCAACUCUAACUUGGAAUGACCAGCAGAUCAAAAGCCGAACCCCGUCAUGUUGACCUCCUCCAACACUUCGCGGGCCGCGGUGCGCUCGAUGGCCAGCCUGACACGCGCUGUCUCCUCCAGCUCCCCCGCAGCUGCCGCGGCUUUUGCUGCCCGCUCCCCCGCUGCUCUCAGUAGCCGACGCCUCUUGGCCUCCAAUAGCCGGGUCAUGCAACAGUUCCCCCGCCUUCAGUCCUUGAACUCUACCUCCUCCAAGCGCGCCUUUGGUACCACCGUCAGAAUGUCUUCUGCCACUCGUAUCGAAACCGAUGCCUUCGGUGAAAUCCAGCCUCAGGACCGUAUGCCCGAGGCUGUUGUCAAGGCUUUCGGUGUCCUGAAGGGUGCUGCUGCCACCGUCAACAUGAAGUUCGGCCUUGAUCGACUGGUCAUCUCGAACCGUGCCAUUGAGAUCCUGGGUGGUGAGAAGGGCAGCAAGAAGCCCGUCCACCCCAACGACCACGUGAACAUGUCUGCCUCCUCCAACGAUUCCUUCCCCACCGCCAUGCACAUCGCCGCCGUCGUGGAGCUUGAGAACACCCUGCUCCCUGCCAUGCAGAGCCUCCGCGAUGCUCUCCAGGUCAAGGUCGAGAAGUUCGACAAGAUCAUCAAGAUCGGUCGUACCCACUUGCAGGAUGCCACCCCUCUUACUCUCGGCCAGGAGUUCUCUGGCUACGUUGCGCAGCUCGACCGCAACAUCGAGCGUGUUCAGGCCUCAAUCCCCCACCUCCGCUACCUUGCCCAGGGUGGUACUGCCGUCGGAACUGGUCUGAACACCUUCAAGGGCUUCGAUGAGGCCAUCGCCGCCGAGGUUACCAAGAUGACCGGCACCCAGUUCUACACUGCCCCCAACAAGUUCGAGGUCCUUGCCGCCCACGAUUCCGUCGUUGAGGCCUCUGGUUCCUUGAACACCCUGGCUGGCUCUCUCUUCAAGAUCGCCCAGGACAUCCGUUACCUCGGAUCCGGUCCCCGUUGCGGUCUGGGUGAGCUGUCUCUUCCCGAGAACGAGCCCGGCUCUUCCAUCAUGCCUGGCAAGGUCAACCCCACCCAGUGCGAGUCCCUCACCAUGGUCUGCGCUCAGGUCAUGGGUAACCACGUCGCUGCCACUAUUGGUGGCAUGAACGGUCAGUUCGAGCUCAACGUCUUCAAGCCCGUUAUGAUCCGCAACCUGCUCCACAGCGUGCGCAUCCUUGCGGACGGUAUGAAGAGCUUCGAGAAGAACCUGGUGCACGGUCUCGAGGCCAACGAGCCCAGAAUCAACGCUCUCCUCCACGAGAGUCUGAUGCUCGUUACCUGCCUGAACCCCGUUAUUGGUUACGACAUGGCCUCCAAGGUCGCCAAGAACGCUCACAAGAAGGGUCUCACCCUCAAGCAGAGUGCCAUGGAGCUCAAGGCUCUGAGCGAGGAGGACUUCGACAAGUACCCCACCACUAACGAAAACGACAACACCACCAACACCGACCCCCUCCUCUUCCCCACGACCCUCGUCUCCCCGGACGUCACCGCCGCCCUCCCAGAAACCUACACGAUCCGGCCCCUGCGCCGCUCCGACUACCAGCGCGGCUACCUGGACGUGCUGCGCGUGCUGACGACCGUCGGCGACAUCACCGCGGCGCAGUGGGACGCCCGCUACGACUGGAUCGCCUCCCGCAACGACGAGUACUACCUGCUGGUCAUCUGCGACGGGGCCGGCCGCGUCGUCGGCACGGGCAGCCUGAUCGUCGAGCGCAAGUUCAUCCACGCCCUCGGCAUGGUCGGCCACAUCGAGGACAUCGCCGUCGACAAGGACCAGCAGGGCAAGAAGCUGGGGCUGCGCCUCAUCCAGGCGCUGGAUUUUGUGGCGGAGAAGGUCGGCUGCUAUAAGACGAUCCUUGAUUGCUCCGAGUCGAAUGAGGGGUUUUAUCUUAAGUGUGGGUUUAAGCGGGCGGGGUUGGAGAUGGCGCAUUAUUAUUAGAGGGAUGGGGGGUUUUUUUUUGCUAUUCUUGGGGGGCGUUUCGUAUAGAUUUUCGAGGCAUUACCUGGGUCCCUUUGGGGGUUGGGGGUGUGGGAUUGAGCUCGGUGCCGAUACAUAAUUUUAUCUGGGGUGUUGCAUGCGGAGAACUAGAGUAUGGGUUUCAUUGUGCUGGAAGUCCCGUUGUGGAUAUAUGAGGGCAGGGACUAGGUGGUUGAUGCAGUGAUGUGGGGUGGUUUCUGUUUCGGGGGUUUUAUGCUAUAUAACUUAUAACUUAUAAGUGGACUAGAGGAGGCCAAGGCUCAUCAUAUAUUGGCGAAAUCCUGAGUUCAGUGAGUGAGUGUUGAUGCGGUGGUAUGGGGAUCCUGUAGGACAAGUAAGGGUUAUGCCUGUAGGACUCGGAUGUGUAGGACACACUACUGUCAGGGACCAUGUUCGGAGUGCCUGAGGCGGGAC